AUGUUAUAUGUUGGUCAUGCUCAACUUCCAACUUCAGUUCGACAUGCGAUCAAGUGUUCAUUUCUUGAACCUCAUUCUCAGUCUUUAAUCCUUUGUAAACCUUCUCAACUUGAGAUUUAUGCUAUCGAACCUGAUCAACUCAACUUACUUCAUACCUUACCUGUCUUUGGUUUAAUCGAUCAUAUUCAAUCUUACAUCAAGCAACCCAAUCAAACUGCUACCUUACUAGUUCUUACCUCUGAGUUGAACCUCUUCACUCUCAGAUAUUGUCCUCAAUCUAAAUCAGUCAUCACUACCGCUACCAUCUCACUCAAUCAACCUGGCGCUCGACCUGCUGAUUAUCUUCAAACUUCGAUUGUCGAUCCACACUCUAGAUGUCUUGUCCUUCAUGCUCUCAAUGGUAUCCUUCAUCUUAUACCUUUGGAGCCAAGCUCAAAACCUAAGCCUAAGCAUCUCGAACCAUCCCUUGGUGGCAGACGCAAACGAUCCACCAUAUCACUCAAAUCUAAUCAUCCACCCAACCCUGAUCUUGAUACCAAUAUCGAUCCUGAUUCAGAACUCUAUCAAAUAGUUCAACUCAGACUUAAUGAAGUCAAUGUUCAUGCACUCGACUUUGCUGCUUUACCUGCUCAUCUUCCUCCAACGCUCUUGAUCCUUUAUUCAAAUCACAUGGGUCAACGUGUUUUACGAAGUCGGUCUAUCGAUCUCAUCACAGCUAAUUGCGAUCAAGACAUCUGUCCCAACCAUCUCUGCCCUGAUCUAGAUACGAGUCUCAUCAUACCUAUUCCUGAUGAUCAGGGUUCAGUUUUGCUAGUAGGUGAAGACUCAGUUGAACUGGUCUAUCUAACCGAUCGGCUCCCUAAUCCAACCGGCAAAGGGAAAAGCCGCGAUCGUUCAGUCGACUCCAGGACGGGCGCCACCAGAGCACCAGAAUCAGAUAAAUUACUCAAGCAUGUUACCAGCAUCAAUAUACCAUUGGGUUCAUAUACUUGUUUCUGUAAAGUGGAAGAUCAACCAGAUGUUUGGUUGAUAGGAGAUCUGUACGGUCAUGUACUUGUCAUCCGUCUCGAGCGACCCGAGGGCGGUAAACCUUUGCUCCGAUAUCAACAAGCCGGUCAAGUUUCAUCACCAGAAGCAUUGGUUUAUAUCUCUGAUCGGUUCAUCUAUCUUGCCUCACACUAUGGCGAUUCCCAACUCUUGAGAAUCAGCGCUCUCGAUUCAGCCCUUGCUCAAGAUUGUCAACCUGAAGUGGUGGCCAAUUAUCCCAACUUGGCUCCGAUAUCUGAUGUCUGCGUUGUUGAUCAGAGUGAAGGUUUUGAUCAUCAAUUGGUGACCUGUAGUGGGGCAUAUCAAGAUGGAUCACUUAGGAUCAUCACCCAUGGUAUCACGCUCACUGACUUGGGCAUGUUACCCAUCGCUGGAGCCGAACACAUUUGGUCAAUCGAUACACCUCACUCACCACAAGUCACCCUCAUUGUUGGCUUCCGUAAUGAGACUCGUUUCCUAAUCAUCGAAAACGAUCAAUUCAGUCAAGACGUAGAAGAGCUCGAUAGUUUUUCUGGGUUUAAAUCUGAUCGACGAACUAUCCUUGCAGGUCAAAUCAUCAGUCAGGGUCAUCAUGUUCAAGCUUUUCCAAUUCAAGUCACUCAGGAAGAAGUGAUUGUAGGUGAGAUGUUUCGUUGGGAACCUACAUCGAAUGAUUUGAUUACUGUUGCUGCAAUCGGAGCUUCUUUGACGGUUGUUGCGCUUCAGCGUGAGGUGUUACUCUUACAUGUCAAAGAUAAUUUAUUAGUACAAUCAGAAUCCAUCCGCUUCCCAAAUGAAGUUUCUUGCUUGGCCAUUGACCCAAGUCAAAAGGUCUUGGCAGUCGGACAAUGGAUUAGUAAUUCUAUCGCCUUAGUCUCCUUGGACCAGAUGAACGUUUCGACAACUAUUGAAACAGGCUCUGAUUUUGGUGUUCAUUCGGUAUUGUUCACCAACUUUGGAGAAGGGAUAGAUCCUCAUUUACUCGCGGGUAUGGAUGAUGGAGAAUUGAUUAGUAUCAAACUUCAAGGACUCGAGAAUGGGAGUUUGGUUCAAGAGCAAAGUCGAAGAACUGUAGUCCUUGGACAUCGACCGAUCACUAUGUCGCGUAUUGUCUUAGACAUACCAACAGACCAACAACUUGGAAAGCCAGCCGUUUGGAUUCAUAGUGAACAUCCAACUCUGAUGAUAGAAGUAGAUGGUCGAUUAAAGUACAGACCAGUCGCACUGGGUGAUGCAACAGAUGCCAUCAAGAUCGGAACGAGAGGAGUUGGAGUAGUCACUUCAGAAGGAAUUCGACUGGGAAGAAUUGAUAGUUUAGAAAAGAUUCAUAUUUCUAAGAUUCCAUUGGGAGGUGAACAACCUAAGAGGAUUGCACAUUCGAAAAGUAUGAGAGCUUAUGGGGUGGUUUGUGUUAGUCAAAAAGUUAAUCAACAGACUGGUGAACUAGAUAAGGGUAGCUCUGUGAAAAUUAUUGAUGAUGUGACAUUUGAAUUGUUGUUUGAUUUUCAAUUGUUGAGUAUUGAACAAGGUACAAGUAUUGCAGCCAUAGAAUUAGGUAAAGAUUUGAUAGAAGAUUUUAUAAUUGGAACUGGAUUUGUCAAUCCAAAUGAAAGUCAAUCGAAUACAGGAAGGAUUCUAACGAUUGGAUUAUCAUCAAAGCACGAUCAAGAAGGAAAUCUAAGAGAAUUCAAAUUAAAAAGGAUGACCAAAGUGAAAGGAACAGUACAUGGAUUAGGAGGAUUACCUGGAGGAAAGUUUGUAGCAUCUGCUAAUGCAUUUGUACAUGCGUUUGGAAUUAAUGAAGAAGAAGAAGAUGAAGGAUUCGAAGUUUUAGAUACUUGGGGAGGAGGGUUUGUUUCACAAACCGUUUUGACUGAAAAGAAUUGGAUCAUUGUAGGAGAUUUAUAUAAAAGUAUAGUGGUUUUAGAAUUUGAUUUAAAGAAAUUCUCAUUAAAGGUUUUAGGACGAGAUUAUUCGGCUAUGUCUGUUAGACCUAUUGGGAUGAUUUCUGAUCGAGUUUUUGUGGCGGCUGAUACUGAAUUCAAUUUGUUUACUGUUGAGAUGAGAGAGAGACAAAAGGGUUUGAAAGAAGAAGAUGAAGAUGAAGAAGGGCUUAGCGUUGAAGAGGAGAAAGGAGAUGAUGAUGAAUGGGAAGAAGAAGAGAGAAGGAUGAGAGUUGAAAAGGUUUUUAAUGAUGAUCAUCUUGAUACGGUUGGAGGAUUUCAUUUAGGAGAGAAUGUGAAUCAUUUUAAAGCAGGAUCUUUGGUUAAAAGUUUAAAACAUUUCUAUGGUCAAGAUUUAAAGUAUGGAGGUAAAUUGAUUUUUGUUAGUUCGACUGGAGGAAUUGGUGUGAUUAUAAAACUAGAAGAUUUAAAGAUUUAUAAACACUUGAAGGCUUUAGAAGAUCGAUUGAAGAAAGAAAUCUUAAGUAUUGGUGGAUUAGAUUCAACUGAGUUUAGAAAGUUUAAGAAUAAAUGGAAAAAAGUUGAUGGUUGUGAGUUUUUAGAUGGUGAUUUAAUUCAAAGAUUGUAUAAUGAUUCAUUCAAAAGAAAAUCAUUGAUUAAAGAAGAUCAAGAUGAAGUUGGAAUUGAUGAAGUUGUAGAAGAAUUAAGUUGGUUUCAUUAA